UUUAACUGAUAGUCUGGCAGCCUUGCCGUCCGUACGCUUGUGUGCUUGUGUCCGUGUACGUGCGUGUUUUUUUUCCUACUUUUCCAUUAUAUUUUUUGCUUGCAAAUUGAGAAAACGAAACGCAAAAAGGUGGUUUCAUAUAGGAAUUAAGUCACCGAUAAAUCAACACACCAACCAAGAUGUCGCUUUCGAGCCUGCUGCCCACGCCGACGAACGCGGUUUGGGAUCGCGAGGACGAGCGUCGCCUGGCGGCCCGCGGAGCCCCAAAGAUCGGAGCCCUUGUCUCCGCAAAAAUCGCUGCUCCGCCGUACGGACAGCGCAAGGAUUGGAUUCCACGCACAGAGGCCGACUUUGGCGAUGGCGGCGCCUUCCCGGAGAUCCAUGUGGCGCAGUAUCCACUGGGUUUGGGAGCACCAGGAAAUGUGGGCAAGAAGUCGGAUGCUCUGGCCGUUCGCCUGGACGACAAGGGCAAGGUGAAAUACGAUGCCAUUGCGCGCCAGGGACAUAGCAAAGAUAAGGUUGUGUACUCGUCCAUUUCGCAACUGCUGCCGGCCGAGGUAUUGGCCGAAGACGCCGAGGAACUGCAGCGUCCCGACGAGGAAACGGUGCUGGAGACGACCGAGGAGACGCGCCUGGCACUAGAAAAGCUGACCAACCAGAAGAUUACCUCGGCGCUGCCCGUGCGCCACGCCCAGAAGGCGGGACCCGCCCAGUACAUCCGGUACACGCCAUCGCAGCAAGGCGAUGCCUUCAAUUCGGGCGCCAAGCAGCGAGUCAUACGAAUGGUGGAGGCGCAACUGGAUCCAAUGGAGCCACCCAAGUUCCGCAUCAACAAGAAGAUUCCACGGGGGCCUCCGUCGCCGCCGGCGCCUGUCCUCCACUCGCCGUCCCGGAAAGUGACAGUCAAGGAGCAGAAGGAGUGGAAGAUCCCGCCCUGCAUAUCCAACUGGAAGAACGCCAAAGGUUACACCAUUCCCCUGGACAAGCGCCUGGCCGCCGACGGUCGUGGUCUGCAGCAGGUGCACAUCAACGAGAAGUUCGCCAAGAUGGCCGAGGCACUGUACAUAGCCGAUCGCAAGGCGCGCGAAGCGGUGGAGGCCCGCGCCCAGCUGGAGAAGCGGCUGGCCCAGAAGGAGAAGGAGAUGAAGGAGGACAUGCUGCGCAUGAUGGCGCAGCGGGCGCGUGAAGAACGAGCUGGUCUGCGCAAUCCCGAGGCGGCCGAGCCAUCGGGUCCAUCCGGAGCCGGCGGAGCGGGCGCACGUGAGCGCAACGACUUGCGAGCGGAGCGGCAACGGGAGCGUCAACGGGACAGGAAUCUGCAGCGAGCUGCUCCCGAAAAGCGAUCGAAACUCCAGCGAGAGCGGGAGCGCGACAUUUCCGAGCAGAUCGCACUCGGUUUGCCAGCCAAGAGUGCCGGCAAUGGCGAGACGCUCUUCGAUCAGCGCCUCUUCAACACGACAAAGGGCAUGGACUCGGGCUACGGCGACGACGAGGCGUACAACGUGUACGAUAAGCCCUGGCGCGACUCCAACACACUGGGCGCCCACAUCUACCGACCCAGCAAACAGGCGGACAGCGAUAACUACGGCGGCGAUCUGGAUGCCAUUGUAAAUACCAAGCGCUUCGUGCCCGACAAGCAAUUCUCGGGCGCUUCCCGGGAUGCGGCCGCCGGACAGAGGAGCGGCCCCGUCGAGUUCGAGAAGGAGGAGGAUCCCUUCGGUCUGGAUCAGUUCUUGAACAUGGCCAAGAAGGCGCCCAAGCGAGCCGAGGAGAAGAACAACGAGCGCAGCAGCCAUUCGGAUCGCAAGCGCAGCAGGCGCGAUUAGAUAAAAGCUUUAGCGUGAGGGGAUCACCAAUCAUCGUAAUCAUCCACAUACACUAUCAUCAUCAUCCACCAACCAACCAAACAAACUUUUUUUAACUACUCCAAAAACUUGGCGAGAAAUUCAAUAAUAAUCACAGGAUCUUGACAAAA